GUUCCCUUUGCAAAAUAUGAUUUUAAAUAAUAGCCAUAAUAAGAUGCGGGGUUAAGGUGCAGAUGCCUCGGGGGAGCUGUGCGGGGGAGCUCUCGUCAGCGAGCUCUCAGUGUGCGCUGGUGAGCGCGGAAAACUGAGGAGCAACUUCCCAGGGAGAAGCAGGGUGAGGCUUUGCCUCCCGCGCGCAUGCAGGGCGUGGGAGCUGGGGAAUGCCUGAGCCUGCCGCUUCCUUCCCGAGAGUUUCCCGAGCCCACGGGAGCGGCGGGAGCGGAGCUAGCCUGGCCCGGGGGCGGAGAGGCUGCGCGCCGCCCGCCCUGUGAGGACGCUCCCGCGCCCCGCGCGGAGGAGGAGGAAGAGGAGGCGGCGGAGGAGGAGGAGGGAGGCGCGGCCGCGCCGCCGCUGCCCAGCCGCCGUCGCGCAGAGCGCUGGCCGCGGGGCGCCGCGGCGGGAGCAGGCGCGCAGCCCCCUCCGCGUCCCCGGGCCCGCCCGGCGGCGGCGGCGGCGGAGCGGGGCGCCUCCAUGGCGGCGGCGAGCCGGAGCGGCGGCGGCGGCAGCGACGCGGGGCCGGCGCUGGGCAUGGGGCGGCGGCGGCGGGGGGCGCUGCCGGAGCCGGCGGGCGGCUGCUGCUGCUGCCUGGCGGCGGCGCUGCCGCUGCUGCUGCUGCUGCUGCCCGCCGGGUGCCCGGUGCGGGCGCAGAACGACACGGAGCCCAUCGUGCUGGAGGGGAAGUGCCUGGUGGUGUGCGACUCCAGCCCCUCGGCCGACGGCGCCAUCACCUCCUCGCUGGGCAUCUCGGUGCGCUCGGGCAGCGCCAAGGUGGCCUUCUCGGCCACCCGCAGCACCAACCACGAGCCCUCCGAGAUGAGCAACCGCACCAUGACCAUCUACUUCGACCAGGUAUUAGUUAAUAUUGGCAACCAUUUUGAUCUUGCUUCCAGCAUAUUUGUAGCACCAAGAAAAGGGAUAUAUAGUUUCAGUUUCCACGUGGUCAAGGUCUAUAACAGACAAACCAUCCAGUGAGACAAGUAACUCGGACCACACAGUUGCUUUAUCUAAGGCUCGCUUCUGAGUCAGAAGAAUGAAGUGUUCAGCCCGAUGAGGUGUUCUUUCCAUGCUUUCUUUCUUUGUGUUGUAUAGCCUUAAGGAAAAAAAAAAAAAAAAAAAGAAAAAAAAAGAAUGGCUUCAGUCUCAGUCCUGUAUUUUUCUGGGGGAGGGGGAUUCUGGACAUUACUGUGUCAAGAAGUGCUUUAUCCAGUGAAGCAAAAUUUGCACGAUUGGAACGUUAUUUGUUUUGUGUUUUUCGUGUUUUUCAUCGAGUUUUUCUUUUUUCUGAUUUUUGUUUGUGUGUGCUAAAAAUGUAAGCUAGAUUGAUCAAUAAGACAAAAUACAGCACAUAUAUACCCUGUAGCUCUAAGUAAAGCUAACCAGUGAACAAUUCUGUCUGCACUUUCCAGCUGAUCUUUAUAGACCUAUUUAGAGAAAGAGAAAGAGAGAAAAAGAGUGAGAGAGCUACAUGAUCCUUCAAUUACAAUCUGGAAACCAGUAAAGGAACUGACAUUUCUGAAUUGUCCUGACAUUUCUAGAAGCAACAAUGGAAGCUUCAAAUAUCUUAUCUGACCAUACCCUAAAAUAUAUCCUUUCUUUGCAUUACCAAGUGUAUUUUGGGUGCUAUUAGCUGAUAUUUAUUUGAUAUAUUUGUUCACUAAUGCUUGAGUACACAUUUUUGGGAGCACGGAGAGAUGACAGAGCAAACUCUCUCUUCAAAAUUAAAUAAAAUGAUCUCCACUUGACCUGUCCAUGGCAGGUAUCUGAAGAGUUGCUGCUAGCAUCUUUGACAGCAUUUGGGAGAGGGGCCUCAGAGAAUCAGUAGAUGCACCAGAAGCUGCAUGGGUGCCAUGUGCUUAUUUGUCAUGUGUGCCGUUCUUAAUAUGGAUAGCCUCAGAGUUUUGGGGGUGGACCCCACUGGAGCACUGCAGGGUAGGAAAAGUUAUUGGUCCCAAUCAACAAGAGGUAAAAUAUCAGGCCAACCUCCAAUGCAUCAUUUUGCCUCAUUCACAAUAAACAGAUCUUGUUUCUUCCCUUAUGUAUGAAAGUUGGUGUAAUAGUGUGCUGAGGAAAUUCUUGCUUGAAGAGAUCCGGGAGGGACUUUUAUAUGAUUUGAUUUUAUUUCAUCUUUAUUUAUUUAAUUUGAAAUAUCUUAUCUUGCUAUUAAGCCCACAAGAGUGGAUGUGUAUAAGAAUUUAUUUUUGUCAGAUUUAUUCCUCUGCCACAAACAAAUAUAAUGCAAAGGCAUUUGCAGCAAAUGAGUGGUAGCUAUGUUGUAUUUCAAAAUUAUGGUGGACAUGUCAUUUUCAUUGUAAAUUUAUCAUUAAAGGGACAAAGUCAAUUAAAGUCAUAUAUUCUUAAAAAAAUUCUUAUCUGUGUUGCUUAUGAUACCUCAGAUUAUUAAAACUUAAACCAAUUUGAUAUUCAAUAUUUUGGUGCAUUUUCACCAUUGAUGCUGUUUGUUUGCUUUGGUGUUUCACUUGGCCUGGUUACUGAAUUAGUGAGUUUCAGGUUUUGUUUUUUACUGAGUUGCAUUUCCUGGUUCUUCCUCGUGCACUGGCAUGACACUGUUAUGGUUCUAGUUGCAAAUUAUGACAGGGCUAUGUUUAAAGUCAACAAAUAAAACCCAAGUCAGCAACAGUCUUUUUCCAUUCAGAUUUAAAAAUAUCAUGAAAGCAGUUUGCUUAAAUGGAAGAUAAUGUAAAACUAUUUUUAAAUUGGUUUUGUGUUUAAAACUUGAUCAUAUCUGUCAAGAAAACAGAUGUCGAGUUGGGUUCAAGAUCAUAAGUUUUCAGUUUCUACCACAUUUCGUCAGUCCUAUUUUAAAAUUCUGCCUACCGUAGUUACUUUCAGUUGUCCCAUUGAUCUCAGUUCCUCUGGUGUGAAUAAGGCAAUGGUGUCUUAGCUCUUGUUCUCUCUUAAGCCAAAGAAGGCUAACGACAGGAUUUUCUGUAGAGAUAUUCUUGGGGGUUUCUAAGGCCACAGAGGCUGCAGAAUCUGAAUAUCCCACUUCAAGUGCAGUAAUUGACUGUACUUAUUUUAUAAAGCUAAAUGUGAAUUUAUGAUUACUUCAGCCUUUUUCUGAAUUGAAAGAUGGUCUCUAAUCUACUGCCUCUCUCCCUCUUCUAGUUGUGUGUCCUCCAUGCUAAGCUAUGGAGUUAGGACUGUUUAUAUAGACUGUUAAAUUAAAUGGAAAAUGGGCAGUAAAUUCUUAUUGCAUACCAAUUACCUCCAUGGCUUUUUUUUUUCUUGGAGUGUUCUGUGGCAAUAUUUAUUCCCCUUCCCCUUGUACUUGAUUUUGUAUCUCAAUUUGAGAAGGUGCAAACUGUUUGUCAUUUGAAAGUGUAGACAUUUCAGUAUCUGUGUAAGGUGUGAGUAUAUCCUAAUCUAUUUUAUGUAUCAAAGAGGGCAAAUGUACGUCAGCAGCAUUGUAGAAUGCAAGAAGCAUGUAAGGUUCCUUAAAAGAGUCUCCCAGCACAUAAAUAGCAGGUUUAUCUAACAAGUAAUUUAUGAAAAUAAAUCAUUUGGAUAACAUUCA